AUGGCGACCUUUAGUAGCGAAAGGAGACAAGACGAGUUGCUGGAGUUUUCAGACCACAGUAGCGGAGAUGACAACACAUCUGUAGUAGUAAAGAUAUGUGCGCAGGAGGUAGUUGAUUUCAGCUCACAAUAUGGAGGAGAGACAAGACUUUCGUAUUCUGCAGUGAACUUAGCUGGCAAACCAAACAUUUACCCGAAUUACGGUGACUUUACCCAAGCAUGCGUAUUUAGGACUUAUGGAUUAUGGUGGAAACUUGCACCUUCAGCCCCUAAACCCUAUAAAAAGAAGUUCUCUUCUUUUUAUAGUGAAGAUUACAUAGUGGUAUCAUUUGAGGAACGGUUGUACCCAGUGGCUGUUAAAAUUUAUGAAACAUAUAACCCUGGUGCUGUUGUGAAGAUUCUUGCUGCAGAUUCUCUGAGUGGCACAAGUGUUGAUACUGGUAAAACAAGAUGGUUAACAUUAUGGUCUGGUAAGCCUGUUGAAACACCUCAGCGAGCAAGGAUAUUUUCUCCACCUUUACAAAAAAUUGAUUCUCCUAUCAACAUGCUGAGACUGGAGCUCUGCCACCAGCUGAUGCAUUAUUACACAGAGCUGGACUGUGUGGUUCUCUGUGGUACAAAACAAAGACUUUUCUCUGAAGGAACUGAGACUCAAAAACUUCCCCAGUUCAAACCUUUCAUGCAAGACCACAGUGAUGCUGUUGCAGAUGACUUGAAGGCCUUAACGCUAAAUGACUUUAAGGAGAUAAGCCACCUCCCAGGGGAAGCUUGUUCAGGACUGUUUGAAAUUUUACCAGCAGAAGUUGUUCUGCUAAUCCUGAGCUAUUUGGACAUCUUGUCAUUGUGUACGCUGGCCCAGACAUGCAGGCUGCUGCGGGACCAAUGCUAUGACCACAUUCUUUACAUAGAACUGGACCUUCAGCCCGUGUGGCAUUUGGUUUGUAAUUCAACUCUCCUGGGCUUAGCAAAACGGUGCCAGUACUUACAGAGAUUAAAUCUCUCUUGGUGUGGUAAGGCUGCUGCCAUUUCUAACACGUGUUUUGGCAGAUUUCUGCAGGACUCCCAGAGUCAACUUACUUCUAUUCAGCUAAAUUGUUGUCCCUUUGUAAACAGUGAAACUCUGAGGCUUCUUGCAACCUAUUGUCAGGAUCUGAGAGAGAUUGAUUUGAGCAGCUGUGAACAAGUGGACAGUAUUGCAGCCUUACAGCUCAUGCUGUUUAAGAAAUUAGAUCGUCUAAAUCUUUAUAGAACUAAUAUUGACCUCCACUCCAUUACCUGUGUCAUCAGGUCAUGUCCAGAGAUUCAGCAUAUUAACCUUGGAUCUUGUUCAAGAAUCUCUAACUAUACAGAAGUGGCCUUUGAGCUUGGAAAUCAUUGUCCGAAACUAAAGACUUUAGACUUCUGGAGAGCAAGAUUUCUCACAGAUGAUGGACUUAUUCAUUUAGCUAAUAAAUGCCCUCUACUGGAAGAACUUGACCUUGGCUGGUGCACAGAACUGAGGUCUCAGAGUGGCUGUUUUAUAAAACUUGCAGAAAGGUGUAAACAUCUGAAAAAGCUUUUUGUUACAGCAAACAGGACUGUGUGUGACCUUGACAUUCUUGCCCUUGCAAAAAACAGUCAUUGUCUACAACAGCUGGACAUUCUUGGAACUCGAGAGGUGACCUGUCAGGCAGCAGAGAAAUUAUUGGAAAGCUGCAAAGAGCUCAUCAUGCUCGAUGUUUCUUUUUGCGCGAGCAUCUCUGAGAAUAUUGUGCAGUUGUGGAGGAAGCAGUUUCCCCAUGUUAAUUUCAAAAAGAGUUUCCAGAACUCUUGACAAGUAAGAAAAAACAUGGUAGGAUAAAGUGCUUUUUAUGUGAAAGCAAUCAUGUGAUAACUGGUGCUAUGCAAUCAAUCUGUAUUAUGUUAAUGACAAGUUUAACAGUAAGUAGCAAAUGCUUGGUGGUGAUCUCUGAUUAUGUGUUUUUUCCAAUUUUGUACUCUUUUACAGUUUACAAGUUGGUGUUAUUAAACAUUUUUGGGAAUUAAAUGUGUUAUAGGGGACAGCAGUGUUAGAGAGUUUAAACAGAUAUCUUGUUAUGUUUUAGAGUAAAUAUGAACUCAUCAAGUGUGCACAGAUUCCUAGUAUGGUAAGUGUGCAAAAUGCCCAUAAAUGAGUUGCCUAAGCAUCUGUAUAUCAUUUUUCAUAAUGUUCAGAUGGGCAUUAGAGGCAGUUUUACAAAUGGAGGAAGACAUAAAAACCCUUUAGCAAGCUAGCACUGAAAAAGUCAACAAAUGAUCUGUCAGAAAUUGUGAUAUGCUAUAGUAUUCACACCUUCACACAAACAUGGCUCAAGUACACUUUAAGAGGUGUACAUAUACACUUGUCAGCUUAAAGGGUAAUUUAAAAUAAAACAAUAGUAUGUUAUCUUGGAGCUAUGCAUUAUAUUUUUAUAUGUUGAAUAUUUCAUUAUCCACUGUAUAUGACACUAAAAUAUUUAUUACUAAUAACUUUCUCACUUCCAUUCAUUCUGCCCUUUCUCAUCAGUUACAUUAACACCAUAUAAGUAUAUAUUACAUACAGUUUUCUGUAGCAUGCUAUCUGUAGUUAACACAAGGCUUAUUAUACUGUGUGUCUUUCAUAAGAUAGAAAUGAGUAUUUCAAUUCUCUCCUUUUUAUUACAGAAUGAUAUUCCUUAUACAAGACAUAUUUGUUAUUUUAAAACAUGGCAUAUGUCGGUAGGAGGAUCUUUAAUUAUUUUUUAUUAUUACAAUUGUGGCAUUCUUGUGAUAACAAAUAGUAGAGAUACAAAGAAUGCCAACUCCAUGGAAGAUUUAUCAUCUGCAUGUGAUACUGUGAUUUAAAAGCAUCAUUUCUGGCAGCUGGCCUCAACACUACAGCAAUUUCCUGUGUCAUCAUAGUCCUUGAGAUAUUGUGAAAUUGCAGAUGACUUGGCUGUAAUUUAUAUUACACUCAGAUUGUUGAUGGAUGAGACAGUCAUAACUGUGCAUUGUAUUAUGUUCAAAAAUUGUCACCAUGUCAUUUUCACUGAUUCUUGCUAUGCUUAUGCUGUCAUUGUUUAGAAGGAAAUCAACUACAUGUAAUGGUGUUCUUUUUGCAACAGAAACAUUAAUAUUUGAAGAUGUACAUCUGAACCUGAAAUUACCCCAAGCAACUUAAACAUUUCUAGAGAUUUGAUUCUAACAUUAUUACGUAUAUUAUGUACUUUAUGGACAUGUCUAUCUCUAAACAUAAAGUUGUGUGAUUCGAUUUUGAUCCCAAUGUGCAGUUGCUAAACAGCAAUAAAUAGUAAAAAUGUAAACAACACAAUUUUUCCUUAAUCAUCAUCAUUCAUCCAUCCCUUGACUGAUACUAUUGCUGAUCACCAGUCAAGCUGGCCUGCGGUAUAGGUCAUGGAGCUAGACACAGCAUCUGACAAGCUUUGGUCUGUCUUGAGCGGUGUUAAACAAGACCUUCACGUUCGUCAUCAAGUUUUGAUGAACUUUUCUCCAUUGACCUCACCGUGGACCUCGUUGCACUGUGCCCUGGGGAAUGGAGGUUCAUGCACUUUGUGGUAGUUCACUGCUAUGAGAAGAGUUUGCUGUUAUCCCCCGAGGGUGGAGACCACCCUUUGUUGGUCUUAUGUUCCAUGUAGGAGAUUCAGAGAACUUGCUUACGCACUUGGUUUCGAAUGAUAUCAUUCGCUGUUUGGUAUCAGCAAGCAGAGUUCACGUAUCACAACGAAUAUCAGGAUAGGGAGUACAUAGAUGGGAUUUCUACCACCUGUCCUUGGUGGUAGAUCUUUUGCUGUUGCCUCGCUAAUUCUGAUGUAAAUGUCUGCCGUCCAUUUAUCCAACUACUUGAAGCUGUUUCCCUCUUGGAGCUGUACUCCACGCCAGAUGGUGUUGAUCACGAGUAUGUUGGUCAGUGCUGGUCUCUAUCCAGCAUGCCCUGUUUGUAAGGUCACGCACAACAGUUUUCAGCCUGUUUGCAAACCUGUUUACCUAUCAUCUCUGUAAACCUACACUUCUGUUGCUUUGAAGCUUUUCCAGACGAUGAUUAA